AAGUAGCUCGCUUACCAAUCACAUGGUUCCGGGUUCAGUCAGACUGCGUGACACCUUGGGCAAGUGUCUUCUACUAUAGCCUCGGGCCGACCAAAACCUUGUGAGUGGAUUUGUUAGACGGAAACUGAAAGAAGCCCGUCGUAUAUAUGUAUGUAUAUAUGUGUGUGUGUGUGUGUUUGUCCCCCCACCCAGCAUCGCUUGGCAACUGAUGGUGGUGUGUUUACGUCCCCGUAAACUAGCGGUUCGGCAAAAUGAACCGAUAGAAUAAGUACUAGGCUUACAAAGAAUAAGUCCUGGGGGUCGAUUUGCUCGACUAAAGGUGGUGCUUCAGCAUGGCCGCAGUCAAAUGACUGAAACAAGUAAAAUAGUAAACGAGUAUACAUACAUGUAUAUAUAUAUAUAUCUGUAAAAAUAUGUGACACUUAUUCAGUAGCCAUGAUAAAAAUCCGAGUUUCGGAUCCUCUAUUUACAUAAUAUCGAAGUCUCUUUCUUUCUUUCUUUUGUUGUCCUUCUUAUCAAUAUAUAUAGAAAAAAUAAGACGAGAUGAUUAUGACAGGAACGCCUUUGAUCAUAAGACUUACUCAAACAAGGCUGACCUGGGGCUAAACAUUAACAGCAUUAUUAGAAAUCUUAGUUAAUUCCCCUUUGUUGGAGAGCUCUUAUGCUUUAAAGAUUUGUUUACUCCAUAAUUGUGGGAUUUUCAAAUUUCUUUUCCGCCUGAAAAUUUGAAUUUCUUGCCACAUAAUAAUAAUAAUUGUUUUAAAAAUGACUAAACCUGGAGAUCUACCCUAUCGCCUCUACGAGUGGGCAACGAAAGAAAUGCAGUUUCGUCCUCCACCGUCUUGCCCACGCAUGCCAACCAUUGAAAACUUCAGAACGUUAACGAUGGGAGGGAAUAAUGCAAAGGUGUGGAAAUAUGUUAUUGAAAACGUUGCUUCCACCAGAAAGCUGAGUAAGAUACGAGGGAACUUAAGUCUAUGUGAAGAGGAGCAGCAGCUCAUUGCCCUUAAUGAAGAGAAUGGGAAGAAGAAGAAAAAGAUUGAAAAACUGAAACAGGAGAUUAGAUAUUUGGAGACAGAUGUGAAGCAAUUAGAGGAGGAACUCUUUGAGUCAGAUGCCACUCUGUCCGAUGCCAAUGCCAAAUUGUUCAAUCUGAAAAAGAAGUCAGUCCUCUUGUCCCAAUUUUCUGCUCAGUCCAAGAAACAGAUGUCAGUAUUCAACUGUUUACAGCAACAGAUUUCAGAGAGGUUGACCGAUUCUGAAAAUGUCUUUGACAAGGAGGCAUCGCUCUAUUAUUGUGUCAACUCCUCCAACAAAACUGAAACAUCCUGCCAGAAAAAUGUUCGUGAAAAUAUUGAGAAAAUAUACAAAGACCUCUUGGAUAUGCACCAGAACAACCAAGCUCUUUGGAACCAAGAUGAUAAGGAAAUAUUACAAAGGAACUGGCAGGAAACGGUGGAAUCAACCAUGGGGAAGUUCUCUGCAAGCAACAUUAUGGAAACUUUGAUAAAUAUGACAAAUGCUGCGAGUUGCAGUUUGAGCCAGAAAACCACAGAAUUAGAUUUUGAAGCAGAACUUUCAAAAUUAAAGAAAAAAUAUGAAGAUCAGACAUCAAACAGUUCAACUUCAAACCAAAUUCUCCAGCAGAAUGUCUAUCAGCUGAUAUCUGAAAGCCAGAAAUCUCACAUAAUGAACCACAUCAACACGAAGAAUCUGCAGACACAAAACCAGAAAGAUAAACUUCAAGUGGAAGAGAUGCUCAAAGUGGCCAACGCCUUCCUGGAGGAGAUUCUUGAUGAUGAUCCACAAAAGAUGUUGAUGGCUAAGGAACUGUUGCAGAGAGAAGUUCAAGUUGCCGGUCUUGAGGCCUCCAUGUGUUGCCUUGAGAAAGAAACCUGCCGACUGAGAGAGGAGCUUCUGAAAGGAGAUGGAGAGAAGAAGCUCCUGGAGAAGAAACAUGAAAGGAUCGAGAACAUGCAAAUGUUAAUUCAAAAGAAAAGUGAUCUGAUUCAAGACCUCCAUCAAGAUUUCUACUCAUCCAAGAGCGAGCUAGAUAACGGCCAUAUUCAGAUGGUAAACUUUGUUGAAGAGAAACUCGCCCCACACAAGGAAUCUGUUCGGCAUUUUGAGGGGGACCUUAAAAAUGCGAUCACAGAUGAAGUGACCAAAUUCCUCGACGUUUCAUUGCCGCAUCUGAUGACGGUUGAUGUCAAUGGAUGUAAAAUCCCCAGAACCGAACUGUCUAUAAACCAGCUGAAUCCAGAUUUUGUACUCAACUCCAAGAACUGUCUCCGAGAAAUUCUUAGAGCAGUAGACUUCCCGAUGUUUAAGGCCCCAGAGCAUAUAUUGUCUCACAUCAGCCAAUUGAAAGCGGACAUUAUGAAGAAUCAGUUGGUGCAAAAUCUUGCCACCGAUGCAACCUCGAAACAAUCUGAUUCUGGAAACGAAGUGGAAAUCAUUGAGAAACUUGGAGGUAAUUCACAUUUCAAUUUAUUUUAA